CGAUGAGUUUAGCUGAACAAUUGUUUGACAGAUCAAGACAAGGUUUUAUAACAUUGUAUAUAAUAUAUUAGAAACUAUUGUUUGACAGAUCAAGACAAGAUAAAGAAGAGAAAUGGCUGGAUAUAGGAAUCCAGGAUACCUGCCACGUCACCAUGCCAUUUUAACGGAAAACAGUGAAUUGCUACGAACUAUACUUGCGGACGGAAUUAAAAACGUGGCACAUAAAUUAAAUGGACGCUUUGUUUUGAGUGAUCAUCAGUUGAAUAUCAUAUUAAAAACAGCCCCUCAACAACCAGAUGAUGGUGUAUUCGAAUUAAUAAAAAUACUAAAAAGGAGUUCGGCGGUACAUUUUGAAAGAUUUAUCGAAUGUUUGAAGGACCUCGGAUAUUUAGGAUUGGUUCAGAAACUUACAGAAAGACAUUCAACUAGUGUUAAUACAAUUCCCCAAAUAGAAACACGACCAACCCCUAGUACCAGUAGUAGUACAGAUACAGUAUCAGCUUUGGGUCUACAAACAGUAACACAGCCAUCUCCUAGUACCAGUAGUAGUACAUAUACUGGAUCAGCUUUAGUUUCACAAACAGAAACUUUACAUGGUAAUACUAGUACAGAAAUCCGGGUAUCCAUUAUAGGAAAGACAGGGGUUGGUAAGAGCGCAUUAGGGAAUGCGCUGUUACAACACAAUAUCUUUAAAUCACAACAACAGAUUAACUCAGUAACAUCAGAAUGUGGUUCAGGACAACGACAUCUUCAAUUAAAUGGUGUAGAUACCUUACUAAAAGUUGUGGAUACACCAGGCUUGUUUGACAUGGGUAACAGUAACAAAACAAUAGCCAAGGAAAUCGUUAAAUGUAUUAAUAUUUUAUCACCAGGGCCGCAUUUAUUUAUUAUGGUAUUUAGAAUUGACUACAGACUCUCACAAGAGGACAUAAAAGUUCUUGAAUAUUUUAAAAAUACUUUCGGUGAAAUGAUUGAUAAAUUUGCCGUUGUGGUGUUUACUGGGAAAGAUCAACUGGAUGAUCGAAGUGAAGAGGAUGCUAUGCGUGAACAUCAUGCUCAGUUAUCAACAUAUAGUGAUGUUUUUAAAAACCGUCGAUUCGCAACGAUCAAUAACAAAGAUAAAACAGAAGGCAAGAAGAAGGAUGUUGAUAGAAUCUUACAAUUACUUCAAACAACUAUAGAGAAUAAUGGUGGGGACUUUUAUAAAAACGAAAUGUACGAAGAGGCGAAGAAAUUAUUUGAAACGAGAAUCCAAGACCAAGAAGAAGACAACGAAAAGGCAUUGGCUGAGUUAGAUAAACUUAAGAAAGAACGAAUUGAAAUGGCACAGCAACUUGGACAUUUCAAACAACAAGAAGAGGAACACAAACGACGGGAAAAAGAUGUCAGCAAUCGGGAGCUAGAACUGAAACGAAGAGAAGAUUUGAUACAGAGGUUGAGUUUACCAAGUGGACAGUCUUACACAGAACAAGCCAGCACAUCAGCAUAUCAACACGUUGAAUACCAAGAGAGCCCACCUGAUGCGAAGAGGAGAAAAGUUAUAGCUAGAAGAGAGAAAGGGAAGAUGUCACCUGAAGAUGAUUGGAGAAUAAUAUCAAACUACAUGUAUUUAACCGAGAAUCUGAAUCCUCUACACCAAUUAUUAGACAGCUUAAUUCAAAUGUAUGUUCUAAAUGAAGAUGACCUGGAAAAAAUCAGGAGAGCGGAAUCUAGCGCCGGUACAAAGGCAAUGAUUCGUCAAUUUCUAGAUAUUCUUCGAACUUGUGGUAGACAUGCAUAUCCUAAAUUUAUCAUUUGUUUAAUUAAAUCAGGAUAUGGAGAAGUGGCUGAACAAUUAACAUCGGAUGUUGAUAUGGAUGGAAUAGUUAAAAGGGAAGAGAAACAAUUACGGACAGAGAAAAAAUAUUUACAGUUACAGAAAAAACUUCAACAAAUAAAACAGGAGAGUGAACAGGCGAUUCACAUAUCUGCCAAAGAGAACCGGAGGAUAAAAACGACGUUGAACUCAUGGAGGAUAGCUUUAAAAACAAAAACCAAUAUCUUGGUUCGAUUCAAGUCCGAGAUGAGAACGAAAACGAAGCUACUGGACCAACUAAAAGAGGAAAGGGACACACGAAAUGAGGAUCUACAAAUGACGAAAGUGAGAAACAGUAUUUUGUACGAUGAGCUGGACCGCAUUUAUGAACAAAAUGUUAUAAUAGAAGGAAUUAAAGAGGAAUUUGUAGAUGAUGAUAAUGGACAAGAUGUAGAAAUAAAUAAAUCCGAUUAUUCGUCAGUUGAUAUUCAAGCAAGGGAUGGGAAACUGCUGGUAAAACAAGAACCUCUAGAUGUACAUCAGGCUGAAGAUGUAAAUGAGACUGAUGAUAUAGAUCGUAGUCUUCCAACAGAUGAUACACCUGUUGACGGCAUUACAAAAGACAAAGUUGUUGAAAAUACUGGCUUGUUUGUUAAACAAGAACCACAAGAUGUAAAUGAGACUUGUGACGUAACACAACCAACUGAUUUGUGGUCUACUACAAGACCAGAUAUAGAUCAGACUCAUGAAGUAUCCCAGCCAGCUGGUGAUCAACAAGGUAUAUCAGCAUAUCAACACGUCCAAUACCAAGAGGGUCCAUAUUAUUCUAAGAGGAGAAAGUUUACAGCUCGAAGAGAGAAAGGGAAGAUGUUACCUGAAGAUGAACGUAAAAUAAUAUCUAACUAUGGGUAUUUAACCAAGAAUCUGAAUCCUCUACAUCCAUUAUUAGACAGCUUAAUUGAAAUGUAUGUUCUAAAUGAAGAUGACCUAGAACAAAUUAGAAGAGCGGAAUCUAAGGGUGGAAGAAAAACAAUGAUUCGCCAAUUUCUAGAUAUUCUUCGAACUUGUGGUAUAAAUGCAUAUCCUAAAUUGAUCUGUUGUUUAAAGAUAUCAGGAUAUGGUACAGUAGCCGAACAAUUAGAAUCGGAUACUGUAAUACUGCACCAUACAGAUCAGAGAUAUGGAGAAAUGUCUGGUUCGUCCCAAGGGAAUCAGUUCAUGAUUAGAGAAAUGGCAGAUAGACGCCACUAUGAUGUAUCACAUUCAGGAGUCGGGAACAGAUCAGAGAUACACACUGAUGAGGUUGAUGUUGUGAAAGUCAAGAUCAAGAAGGCACACAGCCCUGUUAUUUUAUCGAAGGUGAAACCUGGCUAUCGAAACGUUCAAAUAAAGGAGGAAACAUUAUCAACAUGUAGACGUAAUGCUAAAAAUAUUGCCAAUUGUGUUUUGUAUGAGAACCAAAAGUCCGUUUUUAACCAUGAAUUAGAAGACGAACAUGAACAAGAAGAUUAUGUUAACACAACUGAGCUGAACACUAACCCUAAAUCACAGGCAAUACUGGGCGCUGUUAUUCAAACUACAGAUGAUUCACCACGUGAUGUAACAGUAGACAUGAUUGAUGAUCAGAAAGCUGGAAAGGAUGGCUCAGGUAGUCCACUGGUCAUAAAGCAAGAACCACAAGAUCUGGAUGAUCAACAAGAUAUUACAACUUUAUUGACACCAGGUCACCACUCACCAAAUCGAGAUUCUUGUCUACAAUCCACUUCCCAACAUCAGGAUACAGAGUCUGGUCAACCAUCAACAUCAUCGAGUCUAGAUUCUAGUCAUAUUAAUCAACGUAAAGAUGAUACAACACCAGUUAAAACAUCACCUGUUUACGAUGAUGAUAAAGUUGUAAGACCAGUAGAUAAAUAUACAUUAUUUAAUGUUUGUGAACAUGAUACAUUAGACAAAUUAAAAUCUAUUUUAUCAGAUAAAACAAUUGAUAUAAAUAAUACAUGUGAUCUAGGUAGAACCGCCAUGUUUUAUUGUAUUAAAUCGGAUAUCCAACCUAUAGAGAAACUAGAAUUAUUGAUAUCAUAUGGUGCUAAACUUGAUGUUAAAGACAAGGAUGGUAAUAGUAUAUUACAUGUAGCGUGUGAGUAUGGAUGUGUAGAAACUGUUAAAUUGUUGUUAAAUACAGGUAGGGUAGAUAUAGAGAGUAUGGAUAAUGAUGAUGAAACUCCAAUACUUCUAGCUAUGCGUUCACGUCACCAACCUGUAGAAAAACUAGAAUUAUUGAUAUCAUAUGGUGCUAAACUUGAUGUUAAAUAUACGUUUGGUGAUAGUUUAUUACAUGCAGCGUGUAUGAUUGGAUGUGUAGAAACUGUUAAACGGUUGUUAAAUACAGGUAGGGUAGAUAUAGAGAGUAUGAACCAUUUUAAAGAAACCCCAAUAUUUAAUGCUAUAUUUUCAUUUGAAAAACCUAUAGAGAAAGUAGAAUUAUUGAUAUCAUAUGGUGCUAAACUUGAUGUUAAAGAUGGGGAUAGUAAUCGUUUAUUACAUGAAGCGUGUGAGUAUGGAUGUGUAGAAAUUGUGGAAUGGUUGCUAAAUACAGGUAAGGUAGAUAUAGAGAGUAAGGGUAAUGAUGAUGAAACCCCAAUAAUAUGGGCCCUGUGUUCAACAAAACAAUCAAUACAAAAGGUCAAACUAUUAUUAGAUAAGGGUGCUCAACUAGAUCAUUCCUCCAGUAUACUUCACUAUGCCUGUCAAUAUGGCAGUCUAGAUUGUGUAAAGUAUUUUAUAAACACAAAAGAAUUCGAUAUAGAAAGUAGGAAUGAUAAAAAUCAAACACCUCUAUUUGAUUGUGUUUUGACAAAACGAAAUAAUUUUAAAAAGAAAAUAGAAUUAUUGAUGUCUAUGAAUGUUAAUAAAUUGGUUAGAGAUAUAAAUAAUUUGAGUGUAUUACAAUUUGCUCGUCAACAUGUUAAAAAACCACGUGUACAAUAUCUUAUUAAAAAUGGUUUUACUGAUUAAUGAAUAGCUUAUAGAAAACCGUAAAUUAUAAAAUUAUUUUUCUAACCACAUCUAUUGCGUGGCAAAAUACAGUCAUUUGAAUGAGACAUGCAAGUAAAAGAUCCCUGGAGAGUUUGAAUUCGAUAAAAGAGUAGGCUUUGUCGCCGCUGCCCGGGCAAAAUGUCCCUCAUAGGAUACUGUAUGACGUACGCCAGUCUUCGUUACAAGCCCAGGAUGUUAAACCCCAUCGUAAUAAUUCUAUGUAAAUAUACAUACCAAUAAUAUCAUACUUUCAUAGGUAAAUCUUGUUCACGAUAAAUUAAAAACUAGUCUCGAACAUCAUGACAUUUAAACCACUGUUAUAUUUUAAUAUUGUAUACCAUAUAUAGACAUUGACCUGUAUUAUAGACAUUGACCUGUAUAUAUAUAUUUAUAUCACAGUUAUUAUUGGAUUAUAUCUGUAUAAAUAUUUAUCAUAUAUGAAUAAACUGAAGGUAAAUAAAACAAA